GGGCCGACAAACACACGCGCGCGCACGCGCACUCACUCACGCGCUCUUUCUCUCUCUCUCUCAGACACACGCAUGCGCACACACAAACACAUCACAUUAAACACAACACUUUAACUAAAAACUAUGUGAGAACGUUUCCGCUGGACGUUUCUUUGACUACUAAAAAGAGACCAAAGAACAUUUUGAAUGGAGAAGAUGCGUUCUGGUCUUUGUUUGCUGCUCCUGUGCGGCUUCCACCCGGCGCUCGCCGCCUGGUCGGAAUCCGAGGAUGUCGUGCCUGUUCGGAUACUCGGAAGACGCAGCGGUCGCUUCUGGAAACGGAGCGAGGACCAGGCGAGAGUCGUCCUCAACGCCUUCGGCAAAGACUUGACGCUGAAUCUCAUCCCCGACACCAGUUUCAUGGCGCCUUACUUCACAAUUAAACGCCUACAAGCCAAAGAUUUGGGCGCCUUACGCUCAGGUGCGCAAUUGCCGGGCAAAGAUAUUCGCUAUUUAAUCAACCAGACGGAGGAAAGCGAAGGACAGCUGAGAAGUUGUUUUUAUUCGGGGAGCGUAGAUGAAGAUCGAGACUCGGUUGCGGCUCUGAGUCUGUGCUCCGGGGUCUACGGCUCCUUCGUGACUGAAGGGAACGAGUACAUCAUCGAACCCAAGUUUCCAGGCGGCGUAGGGGCUCAGUCCACUGCCGAACAGCUGCACGUCAUCAAGAGGAGGACAUUGUCCCAAAGUCGUCCUUUACUCUUCGACCACGCGGGCGGACAAGAGGACCGCAAGUUGGGUUUUAGUUCCACGCAUCGCAGCAGCAGCGACGCACGGAGGAAAUAUCGGCGCAGACGCUUCGUGUCCGCGCCGCGGUUCAUAGAAACUUUGGCCGUGGCGGAUUCCAGCAUGACGCAAUUCUACGGGGACGAAAUCAAGCACUACAUUUUGACUUUAAUGUCAAUGGCUGCUCAGCUGUACAAGCACCCCAGCAUCAAGAAUUCAGUGAAUUUGGUGGUAGUAAAGUUGUUAGUCAUAGAGGAUGAGGAAGUCGGUCCAGAUGUCUCCAGCAAUGGAGGAGUUGCCCUGAGGAACUUUUGCUCUUGGCAGCAGCUCUUCAACCCAUCAAGUCAGAGACACCCGGAGCACUUUGACACCGCUAUGCUUUUCACUAGAGAGGACAUCUGUGGACAAAAAAGUUGUGACACUCUGGGUGUAGCCGAUGUCGGGACGAUGUGUGAUCCUAAGAGAAGCUGCUCCGUUAUAGAGGACAACGGUCUGCAAGCUGCCUUCACUGCUGCACAUGAGCUUGGUCAUGUGCUAAGCAUGCCGCACGAUGAUUCCAAAACCUGCGAGAGGCUGUUUGGGGAUCUUGGAGGGCAUUACUUGAUGGCUCCUUUGUUCCUUAGCCUCAACAAGAACAUGCCCUGGUCUCCUUGUAGUGCUCGCUACAUUACAGACUUCUUCGACAGUGGUCAUGGGGACUGUCUGCUGGAUGUUCCAGGGAGUAGUUUGCCAUUACCAAAGGAGCUGCCAGGCACCAAAUACAGCCUAAACCAUCAGUGCCAGCAGAUUUUUGGAGAGGAAUUCUUCCAUUGUCCCAACACAACAGACAAUGAUAUCUGCAGCCAGCUUUGGUGUCAGGAGGAUGGAACAUCACAGUGCUCCACAAAGAAUGGCAGCCUGCCCUGGGCUGAUGGAACCCCGUGUAGUCUCAACAAGACAUGCCUGCAUGGAGUUUGCAGUCCAACUCAUGGGGUGCACGAGCCACUGGUGGUUGUGGAUGGUGGCUGGAGCACAUGGGGGCCGUGGCAGCAAUGUUCCAGGACAUGUGGAGGUGGAGUGGAGUUUUCCAACAGGGAGUGCACAAGUCCUGAGCCUCAGAAUGGGGGCAAAUACUGUGAGGGACUAAGGGUUCAGUACCAGUCCUGCAAUACAGAGCCCUGUGGUAACAAUGAAAAGAGUUUUCGAGAAGAGCAGUGUGAGAAGUACAACAGCCCAAACUACCUGGACUACAACGGGAACAUGAAACAUUGGAUACCAAAGUACGCUGGAGUGUCUCCCAGGGACAGAUGCAAACUAUUCUGCCGGGCCAAGGGCAGUAGUGAAUUUAAGGUGUUCGAACCCAAGGUAAUUGAUGGAACACCCUGUGGUCCUGACACCACAUCGGUGUGCGUCCAAGGACAGUGUGUGAAGGCAGGCUGUGACCAAGUCAUCGGAUCCAAUAAGAGAGUGGACAAGUGUGGAAUAUGUGGAGGAAAUGGCCUUACGUGUAGAAAGAUCACUGGGUCCUACAACAAGACAAUCUAUGGAUACAGCGACAUUGUCACUAUUCCUGCUGGUGCAACCAAUAUUGACAUCAAACAGCGGAGCCACAGAGGAAUCAAACAUGACGGGAACUAUCUGGCUAUAAUGAGAGAGACUGGCAGCUACAUCCUUAAUGGAAACUUCUCUGUAUCGACAAUGGAACAGGACAUCCCUGUGCUUGGUGCUGUGUUGAAGUACAGCGGCUCCUCAACAAUGUUGGAGAGGAUCCAGAGCUUCAUGCAGCUAAAAGAGGCCAUCAUCAUUCAACUUCUGGCCACAGCGGGGGAUACCAGUGCUCCCAAAGUGAGAUAUUCAUUUUUCGUCCCCAGAGAUGUAACUUUUAACAAGUCUAAAGAGAAAAAGGGCUCUUUGCCAUCUUUGCAUAUGAUUCAUCCCUUCAGCGUUUCUGACUGGGUGCUUGGGGAGUGGUCCGAGUGCUCUAAGAGUUGCGGUUCUGGGUGGUCCAGGAGGAAUGUGGAGUGCAGAGACAAAACAGGCUUUCUCUCUAGCCUUUGUGAUAAAGACUUGAAGCCGUUGGACAUCAGGGCUUGUGGGGAUCUGCCUUGCCCCAUCUGGCAGAUGGGACCUUGGUCCGCCUGCUCACGAACUUGUGGUCAGGGGCACCGGCAUCGCAGCAUCGUCUGCAUAGACUACACUGGAAAGACUGUUGAACCAGAGAAGUGUGAUCAUACUAAAAAACCUGCGCCUGUCUCCGGCGAAUGCUUCAACCCCGAGUGCCUCUGAAGAACGUGUGAUACUUUUGGCUGCUGACAACCACUGUUGGAAGUAAACAAUGGAAAACUACCUCGGGAAUGUAAUGAGUUGCCAUUUAUGGAAGGUGCUGUGUUUUAUUUUCUCCACUCUAAUGAACAACUCAAUCAUUUGACUGUUUGGGUUAGUUUAAUUUACUAAAUAUAUACAGUGGAACCCGCCUAAGUCUGUCGCUUAUGACAACAAUCCAUCUUUGUCGAACAACUCAUUAAUAAAUCCACCAUGUUAUUGAUACAGUGGGACCUCAAGUUACGAACUUAAUUCGUUCAUGAACAUGGUUAAUCAACCCAAAAGUUUGUAUACAUGUUGUGAAGCAGAUUUCCCCAGAAAAAUCAAACAUGAAUAAUUGGUUCUGGCCUCGACAGAAGUCCCUUUUUUAGUGAAAAAAAAACAAAAAAACAUGCACACUUUGAAGCCACUAUAAUAGCUGUA